AUGGCGUCCUCGUGGCCCGUUGGCGAGGAGGAAUACUCCGCGCGGCCCUACGUCAAAGCUGAUAAGCGUUCCUUCCACAUCCCGAACCUCAAGACCAACCCCACCUCUUCGAUACGCGACGAUUUGUCUACUCCCUGGAAGAAAUACGAAGACUUUCUCGAGAACGAGUCGUCCACGCUUGAAAUCGCCGGAAUCAAAAAUCACUAUGAUCCCGAUGCCGGCUCCGACUCUGAGGGCGAGCCCGCCUACUUCACCUCAAACUUCCCUACAACGCCAUCCGCGUCCAACCGCCGAACCUCACCAACUCGGAGACGCCCCUCCACGCCUGCCACCCCUUCACCUGCGCCACGGGCGCCACCCCAUCAACUCGGCAUCUCGAGCUCGGACUCGGUGCUCGACGUGAUUGCUAGGAAUUGGAACAGAGAGGGAGCCUGGGGCACGUGGAAGGGUACCAACGCGACCUUCUUCUACACCGUUCUCCAAUCCUGGGUGGAGAACUGGUCCCGCGGUGCGUUGGCCACCAUGUUCAGCGUGCCCGACAUCGGCGUGGAGGAAGACAUGCUUGACGCUUUCACAAGAUCACCCCACCCGUGGACCACGCUGGGCGUUGCCGCCGCCGCCGCUGUAGUGACGGGCUUGCUCUUGGCGCCGCUUGAUUUGAUUCGCACGAGGCAUAUCUUGACGCCUGCUUCCCGCCGAACAAGGGGACUCUGGACCACCUUGAGGGCGCUCCCUUCCUACGUGUGUCCGUCAACACUCAUACUUCCGACGAUACUGCACUCCCUCGUACACCCCGUCCUCACCAUUCUAGCUCCGAUUGUCGCCCAAUCGAGGUUCAGGCUCGACCUCAAGCUUACUCCCUCCCGGUCGGGCCGUAUCACGGUGUCCUGGGCACCAUGUACCACAUUUGCUUGGAGGAGGGAUCACGACCUGUCCCCGGCCAAGUGCCCUCCUGGCGCCAAGCGCCGCAAGCCCGUCGCAGAAACUGUUUAUAAGCAAGGCCAGGGCCUUGCUGGCCUCACGCGCGGGUGGAAGAUUAGCUUCAUCGGCCUCGUCGGUCUCUGGAGCGCGAGCGUUCUCAGUAACGGAGAGGACGAAUUCUUUUAG